UGUGUGUGUGUCUCUUUCUAUGAGCUCCUCCCCGAAGCUAGUGAAAUUCCAGCUGCCUCCUUUCUGAUUCCACCCCAUCCUCUCUCUCUCUCUCUUCCACACACACACACACACACACACAAACACACACACACACACACACACAUACACACACACAGGGUUCUCCUGCGUAAUUCUGGAGCCUGCGACACUCUCUCAGUCACACUAUCCUCUGCGAUGGCCUGGACACGAGUGCUUCUUCUCUCCCUACUGGCUGGGGUCCUGCUUCUCAACUUCUUCAGAGAGACUCAGGGUGCAGCUGUGAGGGAUGACAACGACGACGACAAAGAAGCAACGUCUAAAGGGCCUUUGAGCCGAGUGUUUAUGGAAGCGUCAGACGCAACCCAUUUUCUUAAGCGCCGGGGUCGACGCUCCCCGAAAUCCUACGCCGAGAUGAUAGCUGAGGUCAGGGUGCAGCGGGCUACGAGUGAGCGCCGGAGGGAGUACUACGAGGAGCAGAGGGACGAGCGCGAGAACUACGCGGAGGAGCAGCGGGAUGAACAAAAUGAGAGGACCUCGGAGAGGAACGAACAGUACCGCGAGUACAGUUACGACGGCAUGUACUCACGAUACCCGCAUCAUCGCCCUCCCCACUGAGCAUGCUCGGUAACCAAGGAAACAGAAAGGAGAGCCACAGCUGCUCAGAGGGCUCGGCCUUCUGUGAAUGGCUGUCUUGAUGUCAGUCAAAGAUAUCUCUGAAUGGAUAUUUACUAAGCUGAUGAUUUAAGGGGCAAUUACUUUAAGCAUUCACAAAAUGGGAGCAAAGUUUUAAGCAAAUGAAGUUAUUUGUUGCUACAUACCAAAGACAGCUCCCUUACAUGUUUAAAGACAUAUCAAAUUUGUUAAAAUGUAAUGGUUUAGUUUGUUUGUGUAAUGUCUUGUUGACACAUAUUCAUAUUUGAGUUAUUUACAAUAACUUGUAUUAAUCAUUUUAAAGUUAAAGUUUUAUUUCCUGUUAUAAUAUCUAAUGUUGUCUCAAUCCUAAUGAAACCAGUGUUAAUAUUAUCUUGACUAGUAGUCACCCUGUGCAUGGACUCCAUCCCACAUUCCUUAUCGUGAAAUAUCUUUGCACUGUUCUGAUUACUGGUUAGGGAUUUCACUGCUAAGAUACUCACUUAACUGUAUUCUAUGUUUAGGUUAAAUAAAAUGGUGCUAUAAUUA